UUAACAGAGUGUCGUCGAAUUGUGUUGUACACGCGUCGCGUUUCAAGCCUCACUGGAAGAGAGAGAAAAAAAAUUGAAAGAAGAAAAAAAAGAGUACUUUUUUCUACUGUUUUCAAAACUGAAUCUUAAUCUUUAUCUAUUUUUGUGUUUAAAUUUCAUUUUUGUGUUGUGGAACACCGAUUCCCAUCGAGACACAUUUGCUGAACAUGGCAAAUAAGAUACAACGAAAAAACUUUUGACGUAAACUAAAAGAAUUCGCAGUAAAAGCAAAGAAGACGGAAACAGAAAUCAACACAUAGAUUAAAAUAAAAAUCGAAAUUGGUCGGGAUUGCAACCUAGACACACACACAAGACGGAACAGUUGUUUUUGUUACACAUUUUUCAGUUCAACUCAACAAUUUCAAAAAAAAAAUAAAAAAAAACAAGAGACAGAAAAGUGCAUUUUGUUUUCGUGCAAUCGAAUCGGGUUAUUUUCUUCUGUAUAGGGUUUUCUGUGCAUUUUGUUUCUCUUUUCGGAUCGAAAACAAACAAAAGUUCGAAUUAUCGUACACAUCGAUUUUAAAGCCAAAUUUUUUUUUGUUAUCUUCACGCGGUGAUUACAUUUUUGCUGGGCAAAAACGGGAAAAGAAACUGAUUCGGCUCAAUCAAAUAUCCCAGAACCACACACAACUGAAUAGCAGAAGAAAAAUAAAAAACCACCAAGAAAUAUAUAGUUGCUGUAUGAUUUUCGGGAAAUGACGGAUUCGGUUGAAUAACAAGAAGUAAACACUGAAAGAUUUUGAAACACGAUCGAAGGCAUAUUGAGACUCUUUAGCAAGAUCCACAGGAAAGAAACGAAUCCAUACAAAAAGUAUUAGCGCGAAGGAAAAAAAUGCAACAGCUCAUCAGUAAUAAGAUCGGAUUCACAUUGUGAGAGAAUACAUUCUUGUUUUGAAUAAACCGUGGAGGAGCGAGUGAACGUGCGCACACAUACACACUCCGAAGAAGCAUAUAUUAAUAGUUUAUGCGAAUAACACGUCGCCCGUCGAAACCAAACCGAUACAACAAAGAAAUUCGAAAGAGUAAAGGAAAAAAACAGCAAACGCAACGAAACAGAGACGAACGAGACGCAAAGAAACCGGCGACAACACAUGAUUGUGAUUAAUUUGAUUUCGUUUAUAUUUGCACGACGAUUAAUAAUUUUUUCCUCCUGCAAGCAGCAGUUGCAGCAAUAGCAGCAACCUUUGUGUGAAAAAAAGUUUUCCGUUUGCUUAAAUAGCUAAUAUACAACACACAUAAUUAACUAUGUGCUGACGAAGUUGAAACAUUUAACCGUUUCACUGAAUAAAAAUAACCCGAAAAAAACCAACCAACGUAUUCACAACGGUAUAUCGCGCGAUUUGUUUUACAUUUGAAGUAAUCAUUCGCAAGGAAUUCAUUUGACGUCACAAGUUUACAUUGAUCCAGGCAAUUAUUACUUCGUCGUCUUUUUUAUUCGUCUUAAGCUGUUUGUGUUCUAGCGAUUUUACCGUCAACUAAUUGACUUCAAGCAAACAGAAUCAGUCAAAACAAAAUUACAUUUCUGCAUCAUUUUCGUAUCUCUUCGGUCUCUCUCGUUUAAUCGAAAGGAAAGAAAAAAAUAAAUAAAAUAAAACGUGUGUAUGUCUACGACAGCUUAGCCAAAAAAAAACAACAAAACAAAAAUUCCAUGAAUUGCAAAUGGAAAUGCAGAAAACCAGUGAACGCAAAUAAAACGAAUGCCAAAAUUGUGUAGAGAGACGGAAAAAAUAGAAAGAGAGAGAGAGAGAGAAAACGAAGUGAAGUCCAAUUCAAUCACAGACAUACAUACGUACACACGCGUUCAGUCCGUGCAUUGUCAAAACGUAUCAUAACGAGGCAAAUGAUACAUGCAGAACGCUUGACUGUUACUCCAGUUGACAAACGUGAACCAUCUAAUUAAAAAGAGAAAACAAAAUCGUCGACACAAAGUUAAAGGCACAGACUCAUAAAAUAUAUAACAUUAUUGAAGAGGAGAGAGAGAGAGAGAGAGAGAGAGAGAAACGGAAGUCGUAACACAACAUAGAAAAAAACACUCGAAGCUUUAUAGUUUUAUAUUUUGAACUAAUUUUAUUGCCGUUCCCCGUUCGAUUUUAUUGGUUUUCGCGAACAAUAACUGUAACAUUUGCUGGCUUACGAUAAGAAUUUGAUUGGAUAAAUUUGCGAAUUUCAACACAAAGAAAACGUUUUCGAGGAAGAAAAACCAACACACAAAGAAAUUAGAAAUUUGGCAAUUAAAAUAAAAGUAUCAAAUCCACAAUUUUUGCGGGCAAAAACCAAUCGUGUAACAGUUUGCAUGCACUUGGUCACAAACACGUGUGAACAACUCUCGGCCCAAGAAAAAUCGCUCAACACAAACACAAAAAGGAUUUCGGCCGACCACCGCAUUUGAUUAAAGCGAGUGGGAAUUAAUAAGAAGGCGAAACGGACAGAAAGGAAACGUCGACGACGACGAAGACGACGACAACAACAAGAGAAUCCACAACCGGGGGCGCAAGCUCUUGAGCAACAACGCAAUUUUUGAGUGUAUGGAAAAAAUCUAAUGGCGGCCGUCAGUGGGCCAGCUCGCCAAUCAAGAGUAUCAAUGAGCGUUUCAAUGUCAAUUGUCCAAGGUGGUGCGGCCGCUCAACAGGGUGCUAUACUUGCAGCAGCCGCCCCGUACUAUCAGCCAGCCGUUUCACAAGAUGUCGUUCCCGAUCGACCCAUUGGAUACGGUGCAUUCGGCGUUGUAUGGGCUGUGACGGAUCCUCGCGAUGGACGACGGGUCGCACUGAAAAAACUACCAAACGUGUUUCAAUCGCUGGUAUCAUCGAAACGAGUAUUUCGUGAACUGAAAAUGCUAUGCUUUUUCAAACACGAGAACGUUCUUUCAGCUCUUGAUAUUCUACAGCCACCUCAUCUGGACUUUUUCCAGGAAAUUUAUGUGAUAACUGAAUUACUUCAGUCAGAUUUACACAAAAUUAUUGUGUCACCUCAACAUUUGUCCGCCGAUCACAUCAAAGUAUUUCUGUAUCAAAUUCUGCGAGGGCUCAAAUAUUUGCAUUCGGCGCGAAUACUUCACAGAGACAUCAAACCAGGCAAUUUGCUGGUCAAUAGUAAUUGCGUGUUGAAGAUAUGUGACUUUGGUUUGGCCCGAGUUGAAGAGCCGGAUCAAUCAAAACACAUGACUCAGGAAGUAGUCACCCAAUAUUACCGAAGCCCAGAAAUUUUGAUGGGCUCAAGACACUAUUCGGCAUCGGUGGAUGUAUGGUCCGUGGGAUGUAUAUUUGGCGAAUUAUUGGGUCGACGAAUUUUAUUCCAAGCGCAAAGUCCGGUACAACAAUUGGAGCUAAUCACUGAGCUGCUCGGUACACCGUCACUAGAAGAUAUGCGACACGCUUGCGAAGGUGCCCGAUCCCAUAUGCUACGACGUGUACCAAAACCACCCUCCCUAUCAGCUCUCUACACACUCAGUUCACAUGCAACACACGAAGCCGUUCAUCUUUUGUGUCAAAUGUUGGUGUUUGACCCGGACAAGAGAAUAUCGGUUAUUGAUGCGUUGGCGCACCCGUAUCUCGAUGAAGGACGUUUACGAUACCAUUCCUGUAUGUGUAAAUGUUGUUUCACCACAACAUCAGGACUGCGACAAUAUACAAAUGACUUUGAGCCAGCAGCUGCCCAGCCAUUUGACGAUUUGUGGGAACGGAAACUCACAUCAACGCAACAAGUCAAAGAGGAAAUGCAUAAGUUCAUUGCCGAGCAGUUACAAACUGGUCGUGUACCACUUUGCAUAAAUCCCCAAAGUGCUGCGUUUAAAAGUUUUGCCAGUUCGAAUGUUGCACAUCCUUCAGAGCUACCGCCGUCGCCACACCAAUGGGAAUGACAGCAUUACAAUCAAGCACAAGCCGCCUAGAAGUAAACAACCACUUCCCCGUUCAAUGUAUACACAGUCUUGAAGUGAACAAUGGAAACACCUCGAUCGAAACAUCAUCAAAAAAGAUAUACACAUACACACACAGACACACACCAACAUAUAUUUCAAGUGUGACAAGCAAAUGAACAAAAAAAAAUGAAAAACAAACAAUUGUUUGAAGUAAACUAUAGAAACAUCGACUCCAAAGCCAUCAAAAAGAAAAUUCACCGUAGAUUAUCAUCGAGAGAGGAAGAGAUAAAGAAAUUUUGGAGCGAUCAAAUUUUGCUGCACCAAAGUACAUAAGGAGAGAACAUAUUCACCAGUAGUUACGAGAAAAGGAAUGAAAAACCAAACAAACAAUUUACGCUACAUAUGCUUAAAAUCAGCACUGACUUAUCUAUUGAUUGUAGUUCGAGUAGUUUGAGUGUAGCAAGCAUAUUGUGUACCAAUAACUCUGGCAAUAGCUCUGGCUUCUCCUCGACGGCAAACAAAUUUUUCCGUUGUUAUCAUAGAAACCAAGAGAAGCUCCUCUCAGCCAGAGUAAAAAAAAGGAAAAAAAGACAAAAGAAAGGAAAAAAACGAGAUGUGUUUGUGUUUGAAUGAGUCAUUCUAAGGAGCUAACAAAAUUGAAAGAAUAAAACAAAGGAUGAAAAUAAAAAAAAUAAAAAAUUCAGAGAAAGCAAUGUAAACCGUGAUGGAAUCUAGAAAUCAUAUUCAUGAUUUUUUUUAUAUAUGUAUAAAUAGAUUUGUGCACUCAUUCAGUAAUGGACCGCAAUCAAAAGAACAAUUUUUUUUGUUUAGUUUUUCGAAUGGAUUUUUUCUCUUCUUUUUUGAGUAUGUGUAUCAAAAAACACACACACACAAAACGGUAAACCAAAAUGUAAACACGCAAAAUGAGACAAAUGAUUAAAAUAACAAAAUAAAAACAGCCUUAAGACCGCACGCGCAUCAACAAACCACAAAUAGUUUGCUGACAUUCAGGCAACAGAACUGAACCAAUCCACUGCCCAAAAUAGCUGACAAACAUAAACGGAUAUACUAACAAUAUUUUGCAUACACAAAAGAAAAAAACACAUAAACAUAGGUGCAUAGAUGAAAACGUUAAGAAGCAAUACUGAAACCUAAAGAUUUCAAAUAAAAAUCGCAGCGGAACAUAAACCAUGUACACGUUUCUCUCUCUCUCUCUCUCCUUUUUUUCUGCAUAACACAGUGUGUUAUUAACACACAUAUUUCUCUUGUAUUGAUUGUGUAUGCUUUCUGUCCAUUUCUCACAUUCCUGUUGGAAUAUAAAAAAUAACAGCAGAAAACUAACAAAUGAUUCAAACGGAACGAAACUUGAAGAGAGAAGGCAACAAAAUAGCACCCGAAAUUUUUUUCAUAGAAUUUUUACAUUUUUUCACAUAACACGCACUCGUCUUUCCACAACACUUUUCGGUUGCAACCAAUUUGACAUUUGAAUGAUUUUCAAGGCUUUUGUUAUAAUGGACGAACAGUUGAAACAAAAAUAACAUGAAAUAAUGUUUGUAAAUUUAUCUCGUACCUAAAAAUGGCGUGUCUUAACCAAUAUAGAAAGUGUUUUAUUUUUAUGAACCAGAAAAAAAGAAAAACAAACUUUUGCUUGUAAUCCCCAACAGUACAUAGACUAUAUGUGUGUAUCAAUUCAUUUUAGCAAGCAUUCUGAGCGAAAGAAAAUGACGCAUCAUUUCACGCAAACGAAGAGAAGAAAAUGAAUAAAACACAGUAACAAAAUAUUUGCAACAACAACAGAAAAAUUUAAUGUGCUUAAAAUUUAAAUAUAUUUUUCAAAAGUGAAACAAGCGAAAAAAUUUCAACUAGAAAAGAACACACACAAUACAAAAUGACUAGAACCACAAAAAUAAAAACAAAAUUAGUAGUUGAUGAAUGGCUAUCUCAAGUUAUAAUAUACCAUUUUGAUGUAUUGCACUUUAAGCAUUACGGUUUGAUUUCAUUUUGUCAGUAGCUCUACUCUUGAUUGAUACGACACGACACAUUGUUAUUCCGAGAUAUAUGCGACAACAAGAAGGAGAUGAAGAAAAAAAAAGAACAUUAAAACAUUCAACAAUUUUUUCCUUAUCAAAUUCGAUAUUUACACAUUUUACAAGAUUUUUUCACAACAGAGCAAAUAAACAAACAACCUGAUCAAUGAUAACGUAGAAAAGCAUAUUAAUUAAAAGAAAAAGAGAUAAACGUAAAAAAAACAAGUAAUUAAUACACAAAAAAAUUGUAAUUUGUUGAACUUAUAAAUGUGCUGUAACUGUGCAUGCAUUGUGUGUGUGUGUGUAUUCAUUCGGUAGUGUUUUCUUUUUUUAUUUGGUAGAUUGUAAUUGUACAUAAAUUUCUAAAGUAUACCAACUAAGCCACUUGAUAUGCACCUAUUAAUUUACCAUUGUACACAUAUGAGGAAAAGUUGAAAAAAAGAAGAAAAAACAGCAGCAGCAACAGCAAAAAACAUAAUUAUUACAAAACAUUAUAGAUAAACAUACAAGCGAUUUAAAGAAAUUUUGUCAAACGAACCGAAAACAAAACAACACAUACACAGAGAGAAAAUGGUAAACUUUUUGAAAACUCUUACAUUCAGUUGGUGGAAAUACAAGGAAAAACAAAUCAAGGAAAUAUCCAUAAUUCACAUUCAAACGAUAAAAGAUGAAGAAGAACAGAAGAAAAUACACGAAAACGAAGACGAAAUGAAGUGAAGA